GUCACUGGCCGGGGCUGGGCCUCUUGUGGAGACACCUCUGGGCACCGCCGAGGGCAUCACAGCAGCUGCCGGAGUGGAGCGCUUCGCCGGCAUCCCCUAUGCGCUGCCCCCGGUCGGUCAGCGGCGCUUCGCUGCGGCGGUGCUGAGUGACGGCCCCUGGCCACAAGGGCAUCUCGAUGCCCGACGCUUGGGCGCCCCGUGCAUCAACAACCCGCUCGGGGAUCCACGCUCGGUGCCGCUGGAUGAGGACCAUGCGCCGCCGCCCAGCGAGGACUGCCUCCAGCU